CUACUCCUCUGAUAAAAAUCCCAAAACCCACAAAAUCUUCGAUUGAAGGGGGCGCCAAAACCCCCCUCAUUUUAUAUAUAUAAAAAAUCAUACUCAAACAAAACUCUCUCUCUCUCAUAAGUAAUAUUAUCUCUUCUAUUAUUAUUAUUAUUAAUCUCUAUAAAUCAAACGAUUUCUCUGUAAAGUUCGAUUAGGGUUUUUUUUUAAUUUUAAUUUUAAUUUUGUGUUGAGAAAUGGAGCUUCAAAAUUCAGUGAAGGAAGCUCUAAACGCACUGUACCAUCAUCCAGACGAUGCGUUUCGUAUGGAAGCCGAUCGAUGGCUACAAAACUUUCAGCGCACAAUCGAUGCCUGGCAGGUCGCUGAUAAUUUGCUUCACGAUGCCACUAGCAAUCUGGAAACCUUAAUAUUCUGUUCUCAAACCCUAAGAAGCAAGGUACAACGAGAUUUUGAAGAACUGCCUUCUGAAGCCUUUCGACCAUUGCGUAGUUCCUUAAAUACCUUGUUAAAAAAAUUUCAUAGAGGCCCCCCUAAAGUCAGGACUCAGAUUAGCAUUGCUGUGGCUGCCUUGGCUGUACAAGUUCCUCCUGAGGAUUGGGGGGAUGGUGGUAUUGUAAAUUGGCUCAAGGAUGAGAUGACUUCACAUCCAGAAUAUAUUCCAGGAUUUCUGGAGCUGCUUACAGUUUUACCAGAGGAAGUAUUCAACUACAAGAUAGCUGCUCGUCCAGAAAGACGCCGCCAAUUUGAGAAAGAGCUCACUUCUCAAAUAGAAGUCGCUCUUAAUAUUUUGACAGCUUGCUUGAAAAUAAGUGAGCUAAAGGAGCAGGUUCUUGAGGCAUUUGCUUCUUGGCUUCGACUAAGGCAUGGGAUCCCUGGUUCCUUGCUUGCCUGUCAUCCAUUGGUUCAUACAGCUCUAUCAAGUUUGAAUUCUGAGAUACUUUCAGAGGCAGCUGUAAAUGUCAUAUCAGAAUUAAUACAUUACACAACAGCUGGAAACUCUGGUGGUAUUCCUGUACAGAUGCCUUUAAUUCAAGUGAUUGUGCCUCAAGUCAUGAGUCUAAAGGAGCAACUCAGAGAUCCUUCAAAGGAUGAAGAAGAUGUGAAGGCCAUUGCUAGAUUAUUUGCAGACAUGGGUGAUUCAUAUGUCGAGCUGAUUGCAACUGGUUCUAAUGAGUCAAUGAUGAUAGUAAAUGCAUUGUUAGAAGUUGCUUCACACCCAGAAUAUGACAUUGCUUCAAUGACAUUUAAUUUCUGGCACAGUCUUCAACAUUUCUUGACUAAGAGGGAUUCCUAUACUUCAUUUGGUAAUGAAGCAUCCAUUGAAGCUGAGAGUAGGAGGAGGCUGCAAGUUUUUCGUUCACCCUAUGAGUCCCUUGUGUCCCUGGUUAGCUCUCGAGUUCAAUAUCCUCCAGAUUAUCAAACCCUGUCAGUUGAAGAUCUCAAGGAAUUCAAACAGACUAGAUAUGCUGUCGCGGAUGUGUUAAUUGACGCAGCAUCAGUUUUAGGCGGUGAUGCAACUUUGAGAAUUCUUUACGUAAAACUUGCUGAGGCCCGAACCUGCCUGGGGAAUGACCACAAUCAAUGGCAUCCAGCAGAAGCUGCUUUGUUUUGCAUCAGGGCCAUAUCAAAUUAUGUUUCGACAGUUGAAGCUGAAGUAAUGCCCAAGAUUAUGUCUUUGCUUCUGGAACUUCCUCAUGAGCCCCAACUGCUCCAGACAGUGUGCUUAACCAUUGGAGCAUAUUCGAAAUGGCUUGAUGCUGCAUUGGAUGGAUUUCCUCAACUGUCUUCAGUCAUAAAAAUUCUCCUCAGUGGCAUGGGUAAAUCAGAAGAUUCUGCAGCAGCUGCGGCAGUGGCAUUCAGACACAUCUGUGAUGAUUGCCGGAGAAAGCUUUGUGGAUAUUUUGACGAACUCUUUUCCAUAUACAACAGUGCUGUGAUUGGGGAAGGUAGUUUGAAAGUUUCUGCUGGGGACUCUUUGCAUGUGGUCGAAGCCUUCAGCAUGGUCAUUACAGAACUUCCGGCUGAUCAGGCUAAGCUGGCUUUGGAGAAAUUAUGCUUGCCAGUUGUCACUCCUCUACAGGAAAUUAUUAGUCAAGGCCCAGAUGUAUUGGAGAAGAAACUUGCUCGUGAAUUAACAGUUCAUAUUGAUCGACUUGCAUACAUCUUUAGGUAUGUAAAUCACCCUGAAGCUGUGGCAGAUGCAAUUCAAAGACUUUGGCCAAUUUUGAAAGCAAUCUUUGACAUUCGUGCUUGGGAUAUGCGGACAAUGGAGUCUCUUUGCCGAGCUUGUAAAUAUGCUGUGAGAACAUCUGGAAGGCUCAUGGGAAUCACAAUUGGAGCAAUGCUAGAAGAGAUUCAAGGCCUGUACCAACAGCACCACCAGCCAUGCUUCCUUUAUCUCUCCAGUGAAGUUAUAAAGAUAUUUGGCUCUGACCCAUCUUGUGCGUACUACCUGAAAAAUUUGAUUGAAGCCCUCUUCAAGUGCACAACAUGUCUUCUCACCAAUAUAAAGGAUUUUACUGCCAGACCAGACAUAGCAGAUGACUGUUUUCUGUUGGCAUCGAGGUGCAUCCGCUAUUGCCCUCAAGUAUUUAUUCCAUCUGCGGUAUUCCCAUCAUUAGUGGAUUGCUCAAUGAUUGGUGUCACAGUACAACACAGAGAGGCCUCCAAUUCCAUAUUAACUUUCCUGUCAGAUAUCUUUGAUCUUGCAAAGUCUAGCAUAGGAGAACAAUAUUUAACUAUCAGAGACAGCGUCAUUAUUCCCCGGGGCGCCAGUAUAACCAGAAUUUUGGUUGCCUCCUUAACCGGAGCACUCCCAAGUUCUCGAUUAGAAACGGUAACAUACGCUUUGCUAGCACUAACCCGUGCAUAUGGAGCAAGUGCAUUGGAGUGGGCUAGGGAGAGUGUUUCUUUAAUUCCAUCAACCGUGGUCACAGAAGUGGAACAAACAAAGAUCUUUCAAGCACUGACUGACGCAGCAUCUGGGGUUGAUAUCAAAACCCUGAUGGGUGCGGUUGAGGAGCUUUCUGAUGUUUGUCGGCGGAAUAGAACAGUCCAGGAGAUUGUUCAAGGAGCUUUAAGGCCACUUGAGUUGAAUUUGGUGACUGUAUCAUAGGGGAAGAGUAACACGAAGGCACCAUUUUGGCUAGGCUUCAUUUGUCGGUCACUUGAAUUGCUUGAACAUGUAAUAGCCUUCCUUUUUUUAAUAUAUUCAUUCAUCAUUGUGAAUCAUUGACCGUUCUCCAAUUUUUUCAGGAGAAUCGUUAGCACCUCAUAGUGACUGGGAGACAAUGGGUGAAUCUUUGUUUCUUUAUUCGUGCGAUUUGAGAUCUUGAGUGGUUUGGACCGCAUCGGUUUCAUUUUUGGGGUCAAAAGUUUUGGUAUAAAAAUGCAUUCUUAGUGUGUAAUGGUUGGUUGGUUGGUGGGAAAAGAAAAUUGUCUCCCUUUCUGUGUUCGCUACUCUCUCAAUCUUUCGGUUUUUGUAAAGAUGUAAUUCUUGCAGUGUGAUAAGCGUAUUGUUCUUUCCUUUCAA